AUGGAAGGUAUAAAAGAUAUGAUGUCAAUAUAUUCAACAUUUUCAAAAAGAGAAGGGGUUCCCUGCAAUAAUCAAAUAACUUGUGUUGAACAAUUAGCUCAACUGAAAGUUUUGAGCCCUAGUUCUUUACUUCCGUACUGUGUAGAAUCCAUUCUCAUUCAGCUCUCUGUGUUACUGCACGUAAUGGCUCCUACCAACAGCCCACCUGCUUUUGAAAAAGAACAGAUAUUUGGAAUGGCAGAGAAAGAGAUGGAAUACAGAGUGGAAUUGUUUAAUAAGCUUACGCACACAUGUUUCAACAAAUGCAUUGAGAACAAGUACAAGGAAUCUGAGUUAAACAUGGGCGAAAACAGUUGCAUUGAUCGAUGCGUUUCAAAAUAUUGGCAGGUGACUAAUCUAGUUGGCCAACUGCUUGGUAACAAUCGACCACCAAUGUGAAGGAGAUCAUUUUUGCACCUGACGUUUGGAGUCGACAUAGAUUCACAUGGUUUAUGUUAUGAUGUGUGACUUAAUUUAAAUUUAAGAAAUCAAUGCUGACAGUAUUAACCUGCUUGCAAAUCAUAUUUAUAUGUAUACUAUUUUUUCAUCCAUGUUUUGACCUAUUGAUAUAUUUAUAAUUUUAAUGAUC